GAAUACAUCCUGUUUAGUCUAGAAUGCCAGCGAGGGAUGACUGUGGGCUCUAAGAUAACAGGGGAUCAGCUUGCCACAAUGUUAAAGGACUAUGUAAAAGCUGUCAAUGAUCCAGACACCAUACCUGCCGUAAAGAGUGCCUGGGAUGCUAGUGUGGAAUUAAGAUGCAAGAAAAUACUGGAAGACAUGGUGGUGAAGUACAACACAGAUAUGACGGCAGCAAUCGAAGAAGCCUGCCUCAGAGGGUCCGAGAUGGAUCCCAUGGAAGAAAGAAGUGAUCCUGAAAACGCAACAGGAACAAGCUUAAUGAGUAUCCACGAUACCGUGAUGAACAAUGUUCGCAACGAAUUGAACAAGCAGAUUAGGUUCCUAGGAUGGGAUAAAGACAAUCAAGAUCAUUCUACCCUUCUCUUCGAUUUAAAUGAAAGAAUGGUCAAGAGAGAUAGCCAAGGCCAAGAGAAUAGCAACAUCGUCGGUGGGGAACUGUUCCGAUACAUUCAGAAGAAUCGUGACAGGUCUCGUCGUUACUGUGACAAGGUGUUCAAAAGACUCCUGGAUGAAUUGAAAAAACGCCUGUACCCAAUACCAGAUGGCUACACAAAGGAAAAGCUGGACGCAGAUAUGGCCCAACUGAAGGAGUCUUAUUCGCAACAAGCUAUAGGGCCUAUGAAAUUAGACGUGCUGAGAGAGAGGUUGGAUUCGUCCGAUAUGCCAGGAUUUUUUCAAAUGUGUGUGCAAAUCGAAGAAUUACAAAGGGAUGUGGCUAAAGCUAAGAAAAAGCAAGAGAUGUCAGAUUUGAAGUUGGAAAAACAGAGCAAGGAACUUCAAUACCUUUGCGAUGAAUCUGCAAGGAAGGAGACUAAGUAUAAAAAAGAUUUGGAGAAAGUGUCCCAAAAUCACGAAACAGCUCUUAGGAAGCAAAAAGAAGAACAUGACAAUGAAAGAAGAAGGCUAAAUGGGAGAAUACAAGACCUAGAGGAGACUAAUCACAUAAAUGCUGCUGAACGGGCAAAGCAAAUCGAAGAAUUACAAAGGGAUGUGGCUAAAGCUAAGAAAAAGCAAGAGAUGUCAGAUUUGAAGUUGGAAAAACAGAGCAAGGAACUUCAAUACCUUUGCGAUGAAUCUGCAAGGAAGGAGACUAAGUAUAAAAAAGAUUUGGAGAAAGUGUCCCAAAAUCACGAAACAGCUCUUAGGAAGCAAAAAGAAGAACAUGACAAUGAAAGAAGAAGGCUAAAUGGGAAAAUACAAGACCUAGAGAAGAAAAAUCACACAAUUGCUGCUGAAUGGGCAAAGGCUGAAAAAGAAGGUGCUGGAGCGGCUGUGUCAGCGUAUUUGCAAGGAUUAGCGUUUCGUGGAAGCCAAAUCGAAAUACAAAGGCUUUCCCAAGAAAAUAAACAACUACGUACGAAACUGGGUAUAACACAAAGAGACUUGAACACACAGGAAGAGGAACUCAGGGGUGCCAGAGCAGAAGCAAAUAGGAAUGCACAGUAUGCACAAGAUUUGAAAAGACGUGGUGUCGUUGGAAGAUUGUUUAAUUGGGAGCCAAAUUAGGAAAUAGUUUUUUU